AUGGCCGAAGACCAGCUCAUCCUGCCCAUCAUCGACGCCCACAUCCACCUCUACCCCGGCGACGAGGUCGACUCCCUCGCCUGGUGCGGCCCCGACCAUGACCUCGCCGGCCAGCACUCGCUCGACCAGUACCGCCGCGCCACCGCCUCGGCCCCCUCGCUGCUCGGCUUCGUCGUCGUCGAGGCCGACCGCAAGCACGACCUGGCCGCGGGCGCCGCCGACGGCUCCGGCUGGGAACAGCCCCUCGCAGAGGUCCGCUGGAUGCGCCGCGUCGCCCUCGGCCAGCCCCGCGACGGCCAGGGCCACCAGCCCCGCGACGCGGACCUGUGCCUCGCCAUGAUCCCCUGGGCGCCGCUGCCCAGCGGGCCCGCCGUCCUGGAGCGCUACCUCGACAAGGCCCGCGAGGCUGCCGGCGACGCCUGGCCCAAGGUCAAGGGCUUUCGCUACCUGCUGCAGGACAAGCCCCACGGCACCAUGCUGCACCAGGACUUCAUCGACGGCCUCAAGCUGCUCGGCCGCCGCCGCUUCGUCUUCGAGGUGGCCGUCGACCAGCGCCGCCGCGGCAAGAAGCAGCUCGACGAGGUCAUUGAGAUGGUCGACCGCGCCCACGACGGCGUCCCCGAGGAAGACAAGGUCACGUUUAUCCUGGACCACCUCUGCAAGCCCGACCUGGCCGUCUACAACGUCACCUCGGACCCGUCCUUCUCGGCCUGGCGCACCGCCAUGUACGCCCUCAGCAAGGCCUCGCGCACCUACGUCAAGCUGUCGGGCGCCCUCGCCGAGAUGUCGGACCGCCUGCGCGCCCAGCCCGCCCCGCUCAUCUUCCAGUCGACGGUGGCCUGGCUCGGCGUCGUGCUCGCCACCUUUGGGCCCUCGCGCAUCCUCUUUGGCAGCGACUGGCCCGUCUGCUCCGCCGCCGGGCUCGGCGACGACGCCUGGCCCAAGUGGCGCGACGUGGUGGAAAAGAUGUGCUGGAUGGCGACGCUCGACGACGACGACCGCGCCAUGAUCUUUGGCGGCGCCGCAAAGCAGGCGUACGGGCUGUGA